AGAAUGUUUGCCAGGACGUUACGCCAGUAAUGGCCGUAACAACAGAGGAUUAAGAAUUGCCGCCAAGCCAAAUUGCUUUCGUUUUGUAAACAUAAUAAUAUGCAGUCACGUCGCUCGUCAAAACAAAACGGUUGUUCUCCGAAGUCUUCACUCUCAUCACCUUCUCAAUGGGUAUUUUUGGUAGAUGAAUCUGUGACGGAAGAAGACCAAAACGAUGACAUCAAACCGGUGGUGUGCCCCUUAAGACAUCCCAAAACAGAUGAAAGAGCAUUGUUCAUGUUUGCCAAAGGAAAUAAGGUGUAUGAACUGAUCAAGUUUAAAGAGGAAUUUCGGUCCUGGGCCGUGGAUGACCAAAUUAUACAAGAUGGUGGAAUGAUCAUUACAACUCCUGUUGAUUCGUUAUUUCUUGUUCUUCCGUACUUUGUGAAAGCAGCACAGACAGCCAAGUUUAUGACAUUAGACCAGAUUGUGGUAGAUGCUGAUUACCCAGAAUGCAUCAGGCUUCAUUCUUGUUCUGGAUUGGACGAACUGCACCAGAUUACAGAUGUCAAAGGUCACGAUGACAUCCAGGCAUACAGAUACAGCAAGGACAAGACGUUGUCAUGGUUACGGCUGAAGGUGGAAGCCCUGACUGAUGCUAUCAUAGAAAAUAAGAUGAACUUGACCAGUGCAACGAGCUCAAUAUUUAUUAAAAGUAACAAAUCAGAGUCCAUCAGUCGAGAUGAGUAUGUGAGAUAUUCUUGGGGCAUCGUGUCUGAAUAUCUCAGCUCUGACAUAUCAGAAAGUCUUCGUGAACAUUUAGGAAUUUCGGCAGCUGUACCGGAACCGGACACGAAAUCUGUUGAAGAACCUCCGGCUAAGAGAAUGAAGGUCGAAAUUGCUCCCACUGAAGAUUACAGCCAAUCAGGAAUGGCAAAGAAAUCGUCAAAGGAUGCGAAGAUGACCCAAGCACAGAAGAAAUUGAAAAAGGUCGAUAAAUCAGGGAUGAAAUCUCUCUCAAGUUUCUUUUCGCCUAAAGCCAAAACUUGAAAUAUGUAGUAUUUCUUGUACGGGCAUUUCCAGAUGAAAAUAAGUGGGGAUUGGGGUAGAGACAUCUAAAUUAGAUGUUAUUUUUGAUGGAUCUUUUGUUUUCUUAUGUAACUCAUAGGCCUGCUAAUUAAAAAAUUAAUUGGUAGUGUAGUUAUGAUGUAACAUUGACUUCCUAACCCCAUUUUACUACAGAACCCCACUCAACGAUUUUUGGAAAAGGCCAAAUUAAAUGUAUAGAAAUGUGCGCUUCCAUAAAGACUGUACUAAGACAUAAAUAACAUGUAUGAACACUUAAGAAGUAAAUCUGAUGCGAUGUUUGAUUAGUGAUCCAAUUUAAAGUGAUGGUGAAAUUUAUUGUGGUGCAAAUUGUAAACUAACAACCAAUAUAAAAGAAAACUGUUUGAUGCAAGAUGUAUCGGACUAGCAUCAGUAUAAGUCUAGUGGAAAACAACAAACUAAUUUGGUAAUUGCCAAAAUGUACUCUUUUUAUUUUGCUACAUGGUUAUUUAAUCAAGAGAGAUAAUUCUGUCUUUCAUUUUUGUUAUUUUAGAGUUAAUGGCCUUGUCAUCUUUACUGUUAUGUUUUGAUACGGGUCUUUUUCAUACAUUCACAAAUACAUUUCAAUGAAAUAUGAUUCCCACAUUGCCUUAAAUAUACACAGGGUCAAAUACGUAAUGUACCCUAAUUGCCAAAAAACGACAUUUUGCAGGUUGUAUUUUCCAGUGAAAUAAAAAUAUUACAUUCUU